ACACUCCUUUAUUAUUGUGAACUGAAACCAGAUUUCAGAGUUUUAAAAAUUAUUCAAGAAUAUUCAGUGCAUGCAGUCGUGAAAUUUGACUGUAAAAGAGGUACGGGCAUUUAGCUCUUCACUUAAACUGUGUCAUAAAGCCAGUACAAGAGAUUUACCUUCCCACCCUCCCGUAAUCUUUUUGCAAUCACUGCUCGCAGGCCAACAUUUGUUAUGAUUUCAGAUUAGGAGCCUGGCAUCUUUGCUUUAAUCAAAACCUAUUCUCCCUUCUCUGCUCCUCCACUCCUUACCUUAAUGAGAAUGUAAAACACUAGUUUUGCCGGGGAGAGAGGCAAGGAAGGAAGGAAGAGAAGAAGGAAGGGAGGGAGGAAAAGACUGGGCACUGACCCAAAGAGGGAGCGAAAUGAACUAAGGAGAGCGCUGUCUUUUUUCUUGCGCUUGUUUUAGGCGCUCCCUGCCCGCCUCUCCCCGCCGACCGCGGAGCUGCACCUCUAGCUUGCUCGGCCCUCGGCCCCGCCCCCUAGCGUCGGAGCCCGGGAGCCUAUCUCUUUAAAUGACAGCUGAGGCUCGGGUCCCAGUCCGGGGCUUGACGUCAGUGCCGCCUCCCGGGCUGCGAGGAGUAGUUAGCGCCACCGUCGGCACUCGGGCCUCGGUGCGCACUCGCUAGCCGCCGGGGCGGCGAGUUUUCUGUGCUUCUACCCCUCCUCCCUCCCUCCCCGCGGAGAGUCGAGCGGCAGCCCUAGAGCCUCUCCCAAGUCUCUCUCACACUUCCCCCCCCUCUCCCCAAAGGAGCAGCCGCUCCUUCUUGCCUCUCCACUGCCGCCGCCGCACCCGCGGAGCUCCUCUCCCGCGCGUCUCUCCUCCGAUGAAGCUCGGGAGCCGCCGACGCCGCCGCUGCCCCGAGCCCUGAGUGGGGCCGCCCCAGCCGGAGGCGCCGCCCCGCCCGAGGGCGCAGAGCGCCAAGGAGCACGCGGAGGGCUUGGGGCAAGGGCUCGGAGAACGAGAAAGUGCUGCUCCUCGGGUCACUGGGCCGGCGGCCGGGGGACUAUGGCUCUGAAGGACACGGGCAGCGGCGGCAGCACCAUCCUGCCCAUUAGCGAGAUGGUCUCCUCGUCCAGCUCGCCCGGCGCGUCGGCCGCUGCCGCCCCGGGGCCCUGCGCACCCUCGCCCUUCCCCGAAGUAGUGGAGCUGAACGUAGGCGGCCAGGUCUAUGUGACCAAGCACUCGACGCUGCUCAGCGUCCCGGACAGCACUUUGGCCAGCAUGUUCUCACCCUCUAGUCCCCGGGGCGGCGCCCGGCGCCGGGGCGAGCUGCCCAGGGACAGCCGGGCGCGCUUCUUCAUCGACCGGGACGGCUUCCUCUUCAGGUACGUGCUGGAUUAUCUGCGGGACAAGCAGCUCGCGCUGCCGGAGCACUUCCCCGAGAAGGAGCGGCUCCUGCGCGAGGCCGAGUAUUUCCAGCUCACCGACUUGGUCAAGCUGCUGUCGCCCAAGGUCACCAAGCAGAACUCGCUCAACGACGAGGGCUGCCAGAGCGACCUGGAGGACAACGUCUCGCAGGGCAGCAGCGACGCGUUGCUGGUGCGCGGGGCGGCGGCCGCCGUGCCCUCGGGCCCGGGAGCGCACGGUGGUGGCGGCGGUGGCGGCGGCGGCAGCGCGCCGGACAAGCGCUCGGGCUUCCUCACGCUGGGCUACCGGGGCUCCUACACCACCGUGCGCGACAACCAGGCCGACGCCAAGUUCCGGCGCGUGGCGCGCAUCAUGGUGUGUGGGCGCAUCGCGCUGGCCAAGGAGGUCUUCGGGGACACGCUCAACGAGAGCCGCGACCCCGACCGGCAGCCGGAGAAGUACACUUCCCGCUUCUACCUCAAGUUCACCUACUUGGAGCAGGCCUUCGAUCGCCUGUCAGAGGCCGGCUUCCACAUGGUGGCGUGUAACUCCUCGGGCACCGCCGCCUUCGUCAACCAGUACCGCGACGACAAGAUCUGGAGCAGCUACACCGAGUACAUUUUCUUCCGACCACCUCAGAAAAUAGUGUCACCUAAACAAGAACAUGAAGAUAGGAAACAUGACAAAGUCACUGACAAAGGAAGUGAAAGUGGGACUUCCUGUAAUGAGCUCUCCACUUCCAGUUGUGACAGCCAUUCAGAGGCAAGCACUCCCCAGGACAACCCGUCCAGUGCCCAGCAGGCAACAGCUCACCAACCUAACACCUUAACAUUGGAUCGCCCCUCUAAAAAGGCACCUGUGCAAUGGAUGCCUCCACCAGAUAAACGCAGAAACAGUGAACUUUUUCAGACACUCAUCAGCAAGUCCCGGGAAACAAAUCUGUCCAAAAAGAAAGUCUGUGAGAAGCUAAGUGUGGAAGAAGAAAUGAAAAAGUGUAUUCAGGAUUUUAAAAAAAUCCACAUUCCAGAUUAUUUUCCAGAGCGCAAACGCCAAUGGCAAUCUGAACUAUUGCAGAAGUAUGGGCUAUAGUAAUUAUCACGUUCCUGCAGUAUUUUGAUGACAUUCAAUGUUUACUACAGUGUCACCACCUGACUGAUGUCCUAACAAUGGUCAGUGUGAUCCUUGCUGCUCUUCCUUGUUGUGAUUAGUGGAUGUGGGACAGUAUUUUAUUUUAUUCUUUUGUUGUUGUUGUUUAUAGAAACAUGAUUUAAAAGGAAACAAAUAAAUCAAUAAAUGUUAAAUCAAAAUGGAGUAUCUGAUUCAAACCAUUUUGCAAGAAUGAAAGUAAAAUGUGCAUGUCAAGCUUAGAAUCUUGAUUUUUAAACUCUGGUCAACUGGACAUGUUUGUCAUUUUGUAACUCAACAAAAACAAACCAUCAUAUAAUACCAACUAAAAUGAUAUAUGGAUGAAGCAACAUAAAGUAAAAUUUUAGACGAUGGUGAUAGGACCCAAAUCUAAAACUGUCUAAAUGUUAAUGCAAUAAAACAAGUAUUAUUUUUGCAUGAGCACAAUGUUACAAAUAAAUCACAAGAAAUAGGGGAGAUUUGUUUGUUGCUUGGAAAGAAAAAAAUUACAAAAAAACAGCAAAAAAAAAAAUGUUUUAGGCAAAGCCUAUAAAUGUAAGUUGUCUAGGAGAUUGAAUUUUCUUUGUUCUGGAUCUGUGACUUUUUUGUGUAUAUGUAUGGUGUUUAUGUAUGUUAAGAUGGUGUAAAUAUGCCUUAUGCUGUUAUUUAUGGCAUCAACAUUCAUUUAUUAAUGCUAGCCAUGAUUAUUACUGUGAAAUGAGUCUUUUACAUCAGGCUGUGAAAAUUGGAAUAAUGAUGCUUUGAAAGAUCUUAUUACUGCAUUAAUCAAAAUAAUAGAGGGAAAUGGUAAAGAGCUUUAUGUAUUUAUUAAAAAAAGAAAAAUGUAUUA